AUGCUGGCCACAUCGUCGCAAAGGAGGUUUGAGGGUGGCGAGAUCGAGGUUUCCAACAACUUCGAGGGUGUUCUUAAGCAGGCCGAGAACUUCGCGCAAAGCCUCGCACUGUUCGUUGAGGUCGCGGACAGGUUUGGUUUGCCUCUGAUAACCCUGGACAGUCUCGGAAAGCGAAAGGCUAGCCUUGUGGACAGAACUCUGAGACUAGUCGUGUAG